CCAGUCCAAAAGAAAAGGAAAAAAAAAAACUUCCGACGAGCAGCACCUCCAGCACUCUUACCUCCUCCCCUCCCGCCACCGUACGGGCGCCGCCGACCGCCGUUGCUUCGCAGGAUCUCUUCUUCCCAAGCGUGCUACAUGAAACUAUCCCUCCGGCGCAGAGUCGUCCUUGGGGAGCCGCCGUGGGGAACGCCACGGCGCGUUCUUGGCGGACCGCAGCAGCGUGGCGCGCUCAACCUGUUCUGCGAAAUGCCGACCCGGACAUCGUCUAUAGGGCGGCGACCGUGGCCGUCGGGGGUAGCUCGGAAAAAGUGCGCGUUCGAGAAAGAAACAGUUUGUGAAGAUUUUGCAAAGAUUCUACUGGCGACAGUAUGCCAGGAAGAUUCUACUGGUCGUGGAGGAGCUAGGGAAAGCUCGUAUAUCAUGCUGAGUGUGCAUUUUUGCUGUGUAUAUAUGUGGGAUAGUGAUUCUGCGGGCUGCAAUACAAGGUCCGGCGUUUCUUCACCGCGCGAAUACUUUAACAUGGAAAGAAAAGCAGGGCAUAAGAGAAAGAAACAGUAGGUGAAGAAGAUUUUGCGAAGAUUCUACCAGGCGAGACAAUGCGCCGGGAAGAUCGUACCGAAAGGCGCCUGCGAUUGAGAGCAAUCAUCAUGGUGUGUAGACAAAGGCCAAGUGGAGGGCAGGAAGAAAGUGCAGUUUCCUGGCUUCCUGGCUUAAUGGACGGGGUGGGUGGUCGAUCCGUGCGGUCUCCUCCAUCCUCUUCUUGACCCGGGGGCGUUUACUUGCCCUUGUCACGCGUGCGUGCGUGCGAGCUUCGUCUGAUGUUUACGUUUGCUCUUCUUUUGCCAUUCUCCUGGCUCCACUGGCGCACUAUAAUUGCGGACCGUGGACGGUGACGCUUUGUGGCUGUCAUCUGAAGUUUGAACCGUAACUUGGGGUGCUGGCAAUGGUGAUGCUAAGUACAGUUUUCUACUCCUAUUACUGUUGUUUUGGAAUGUUAAUUAGUUUACUUGAAUACAAAGGUGGUGUUGAUUAGUUUACUU